UUGAAUUCAGCCUCUAUCACACCAAAUUCUCCGUGGUUCUUCGAUGCUGCUUUUGCAGAGUUUCUUCUUAUACAUUUUCCAAGCUCUGCGGGAUAAUGGAGUCUGGAGUUGUCCCUAUACUUUUUAGCAUAUUAAUGUCGUUUUCUUUCUUUCCGCUGCAUAUGACGAAAGUUUUCCUGGAAUUGGGUGAAUAAUUCAUAUGAAAAUCUUUUGGAAUACAUUUCUUCUGGGGACAAAUAUUAUCUCAUUGUGGAUGUGUAUCGCAUGCACAUCGCAGGGGUUUCACUAGACCAAUAAUCCUCUGAGACACGCAUUUCUGGAGACAGCCAUCAUCUCUGGAACCUGAAUAAUUUGGUGCACAUCGCUUCCCUGUCACCUGGCUUUCGUAGAGAAUGCUGUAGUUUUAAUAUUUAGCACGAAUUACAUUUCAACACUUAUUACAAUACACAAAAAGGAAAAAGAGACACCUAUGAUCAGAAGAGCAUAGGAGAGGAUGAGAAUCACUGAUGUUCCAGAAGUCAAAGCUUUUCCAAUCCUUUCCUCAGGGCUUCCUUGAGAUGAGAGGUGACCACCAGAGGCCAAGGCCAGCCAGAGCUCUCUGUCCUGGCAGCUUUUGUACGGGAAAAUCCUCUCAUAUAUGGAAUUUUGCAGGGCAACUGUCAAUUUUUGCCAUGGGCACCUGGAAAGAUGGAUGGUUCUUUUCCAUAGGAAGGAAAGCACAGAGCCCCAGUGCUCCAGGGGCUGAUAAGAGGCAGCCCUCAGCAUUCCAAGAUCAGCUGGACCUGUCAGGUGGCCCCUGGGAGGCCAAACCAGCCAGAGCUGUUCCAUCUCCCCUUGGUUCCAUGAGGCCCUGCUGUGUCAUAAUGGACUUUUGGUUCCAUGAGCUUUCGCACUGUCAGCAAUGCUCUGAGUUCUGCAGUGUCACCAUGGAUCUGUUGUGAGAAAGGAGCUGAGUAUCAAACAGGCAUCAAUAUGAUUAGGUUUGAUCUCUCUGUUUAUUCCUUCUAUUCCACUUUUAUCAGGUUACAGACAGGAAAGCAAGCACAGCUCAACAGUUGGUGAUUGGCUAAAAGUACAUAUAUAUAUACAUUAAAUGAUUGUUCAUUGGCCACAUUUUUUCGCAUAUAGUUUACCUUUUGUUCUACGUUCUGAAUAGCAUUCUGUUUUCUACAUCCAUGAGAAGGCCUAACAAGUUGUGACACAUCUUCAGCAUUCGUGAGGAAGCAUCUGUGAGAAGGCACACUAAAUUAUUACAAUUGCUACUUUCUUAUUAAUUCAAGGCCUACAAGACCAGCAUAGGAACAGUGCAGACUCUCAUACUGUUCCCUGGUAGCAGGGAUUGUUCAAACCCCCUAUCAAUAAAUCAUGACCUCACUCUUCUAAAAAUUCCUCUACAUGGAUCCUUUGUUCCAUGAGGUUCCCUGGCAUAACAGGAUUACCUUGGGUCCAGAAGGUUCUGCAGUGUCACACUGGACCAUUGGUUCCAUUGGCAGCCCCACACCAUCCCAGUGACCCCAUGGUUCCAUGAGUUCCACACUGUCAGCAAUGCUCUCCUCGGUUCAGGAGGCCCUGCUCUGAUACAAUGGACCUUUGGUUCCAGGGGGUUCCACUGCAGCACAAUGGAGCCUUUGUUCCAUGGGGUUCCAGUGUCACAGCUGACUCCUUGGUUCUGUGAGCCUCUGCUGUCACCAAAUGGCCAAAAUAUCAGAAUAAGGGUCCUUAACACUCAUUUGGUGUUUCAGAGAGCCUCCUUUAUACAGGCCUGAGGUCCAACAUGGGAUAACUCCUAACCUUAUGUGAACACGUGAUUCUACACGUGUUGCUUAUAUAGUUGCUAAAUGUGUAUUACAAUUUAGUCAUUUCCAUAAAACCCACCUGAACGUCCCAGAUUCACUCCUUGUUGUCUCUAUCACUGCACCCUUGAGCCAAAUGUCUUCUCUUCCAUCCAUCCUCACUGAGAAAGCAGGCCCUGCAGGCCUUGUUCCUGUGCUAAAAGUUCACAGGAAUAGUAAAAAUAAAAUUAGCCCUUUUGGUAUCAAGGCCAAGGCUCUGUGUGCCCAGGCAGAGGCAGGCAGGACGCAGAGCUGUCAGCAAAGGAAGGGCCCAGCCAGGUGGGGCAGCCGGGGGAUGGCGACAGCCUGCAGGGACAGAGGCGCAGGCCAUGGACACCGUAGCACAGCCUGGGCUGCACAGGGCACAGGCAUGGGCAGCAGCUGAAAGGCCCUGACACAGCCAACUCCUGCAGCACUUGGGCCAUGGCUGCUGGCCCUGGGCCUGAGGCAUCAGGAGGGGACAAGUGACCCUUGCAGGCCUGGGGCCUCAUUGCCUCCUUGUCCCUGCUCAGCAGCCUAACCCACCUGUCAUCACUGCCACCAGUUUUUUGAUUUAACUGAUCUGGAAACACUUUCUCAGUGGGACUCAAUAAAUCUUUAAGAAACUUUGGAGUUUUUAAUCUGACUGUGUUCUUGAGAAGUUUGUUGAACACUCUCUGAGGAACUGAGUCUGAUGUAAACAAUGCCAAACCUCAAGAGGCUCAUUAAAGUCCUUGUGCUGUGUCUGUGCUGCUGAGCUGGGAUGGGUUCCUGGCGCACAGGGAGUUCCUGGCAACCAAGAAGAGCUUUAAAAAGACAUUUCUCCAGAGGAGCAGCUCCUCUCCUGCCCAGCAGGGCUGAGGGCACUGCCUGCUGGCACUUGAGAGGAAUGAAGCAGACAGAGGCUGAAAGGAACAGGAAGGACAAUUCCGUGCUUCAUCGUGCAGAAAUGUUCCCCACUUGUGACAGGGUCCUGUGCCUUAGGAAGAUAUUCCAGGUUAAAACACCAGGACUGGUCCCUGCCCUCACUGUUCUAUUGCACUGACUGAAGGUCAGGACGGACUCCCAGGUGUCCUGCAGGUCAAGGUCUGGCUCCUCACUUAACAUUUGCAAGCAGCAAUCAGGGCUCCAGCAACCAAGCUUGGAAUGUCCAGACACAGCGAAUGUCAAACCGCAGCUCCAUCAGCCACUUCCUCCUGCUGCCAUUGGCACACACACGGCAGCUGCAGCUCCUGCACUUCUGCCUCUUCCUGGCCAUCUCCCUGGCUGCCCUCCUGGCCAACGGCCUCAUCAUCAGCGCCGCAGCCUGCGGCCACCUCCUGCACAGCCCCAUGUUCUUCUUCCUGCUCAACCUGGCCCUCAGCGACCUGGGCUCCAUCCUCACCACUGUGCCCAAAGCCAUGCACAAUUCCCUCUGGGACACCAGCAACAUCUCCUAUGAAGGAUGUGCUUCACAGGUGUUUUUUAUUUUCUUCUUCCUUGGAUCAGAGCUUGCCCUCCUGACCGUGAUGUGCUACGACCGCUACGUGUCCAUCUGCAAACCCCUGCACUACGGGACCCUCCUGGGCAGCAGAGCUUGUGCCCACAUGGCAGCAGCUGCCUGGGCCAGUGCCUUUCUCACUGCUCUGCUGCACACAGCCAAUACAUUUUCCCUGCCUCUGUGCCAUGGCAAUGCCCUGGGCCAGUUCUUCUGUGAAAUCCCACACAUCCUCAAGCUCUCCUGCUCCAAAUCCUACCUUAAGAAGUUUUGGCUUAUUGCUUUUAGUAUCUCUUUAGGACUUGGUUGUUUUGUGUUCAUUAUUUUCUCCUAUGUGCAGAUCUUCAGGGCUGUGCUGAGGAUCCCCUCUGAGCAGGGACGGCACAAAGCCUUUUCCACCUGCCUCCCUCACCUGGCCGUGGUCUCCCUGUUUCUCAGCACAUCAUUUUUUGCACACCUGAAGCCCUCUUUCAUCUCCUCCCCAUCCCUAGAUCUGGCCCUGUCAAUUCUGUAUUCGGUGGUGACUCCAGCCCUGAACCCCCUCAUCUACAGCCUGAGGAACCAGGAGCUCAAGGCUGCAGUGUGGAGACUGAUCACUGGACGAUUUCAGAAACAUUAAACUGCUGGCCAAUUUCUGUAAAUAGUUUGUAACAAAAGUCAUCUUUGAUAUUUCUUCCUGGUGUCAUUUUGGAGGUUGUUUUUCUCUGUUUGACUUUUUAAAUGUUGUCCACAAAGAAAUGUCAUUGUUUGUGUCCUUUCUGAUGUUGUUUCUCUCCACCGUUUCUGUGGCCAUGAACUGUUUCAAUCAGGGGCCACACUCUCUGUUGCUUUAAAUGAACUAAAGGACCUCUCGAAAGUUUUCUGCAGAGAUGCCCCUUUUGUUCCCUUCUCUGUGGCUGCAGCAGCAAUGUCUGUGUGCAGAGCUGGGGCAGAUCAGUGCUGGCACAGCAGCUGUGCCCAGCAGCAGCAGCACUUGGUGUUGCCAGUGCUGCUGCCGUGGCCCUGCCCCGCUGCCCUCCUGGCCCUGCUGUUGCUGUAGGGCCUGAGUGCUCUCGGGGCCGGGCACAGGGCUGGGGGUGGCAGUGCCGGGGCUGCAGCAGGGACAGGCCAUGGGCACUGCUGGGGCAGCGCUGACGCCUCAGGCCAGGGCCUGGGGGCUGCAGGCUCCUUGCCCAGGCUCUCUCCACAACACGGCCAGGCCAAUGCUCAGCACAGAAAAGCCCCGUCAGCAGCCCCAGGCUGGCCGUGGGCAGGCUGGGGGCAAACAGCAUGGCUGGG